AUGGCUCGUUUUUCGCUUUCAAGGCCGAGCCGUAGAAAACAGGAUGAUUUCACGCCACAAAUUUUCGCACAACGAAUGAGCAAGGCGCACAAAGUCUUGGGCUCAGCGCCGCUUAGUAUUGACGUUGCUGGUGGUUGGCAACGCGCGCCGUCCUCCCCCAUUUCUGAUGACGAUGCAUCAGCUAGCAUUGCGGCGACUCAUGCCAAGCCGGGGCUGCGAACCCAUGAUUGCAAGUCCCCGGAAGCGUUUGCGAGUCACCAGGAACGCUGGCGUGAGGUAUCGUAUACCACCCCGCAAGCAUUACCACUUGAUGAGCUCGAUUCAACAAGUCCGUCAACGGUGGUGCGUACCGAUAUGACGAAUCCGCUAAGGAAAAGUCGCUCAUCCUCGACAAUUCGAUCGUGGUACAGCAAACCGAAACCCGUCCUGUCCCUGCAGACUUGCUCAUCUGCUACGGCUCGAGGCCAACCUCCUCGCGUGCCUUUGGAAGUAUCUUCGGCUCAACAAGACGCUUCAGAAAGUAGGAGGAAGCCAGCCAGGCCAGAGCUGUCUCGCGAAGAUGCCCUGGGACAGAGUCCCAGUAUAGUCUCAGGGCUCGACUACAUGUUGACAUGUCCUUCCACAACCUCCCUUGCCUCGCGAUUUUCAGCCUCAUCUCACGAGUCGCGCAAGCUUCAAAAACGACGCACCAAAGGAGGUCUUUCCGCUGUCGAACCAUGUCAACACGGUCUGAGUGGAAGAAUGAAUUCGGGAGAAGAAUGCUCCCGGGAUUUGCCGUCGCUGUAUGAUCAUUAUGAGCAGAUGGCGAUGAGACAGGUCAUGAGGCAAAGCUCAACCCCAACUUUGCGAAUGGACAGAGAGGGAGCCAGCUUAUUAUCAAACGUUACAGAAGCUGCGUACGAGGACGACGCAGGAGAACAAGGCCGAGGCGACGAUUUGAGGUGCGCCGUUGCAAAGACUCCCAUGAGGGCGGCCAUGAUGAAGCCUGAUGAAGGGACAUCGUCUCCCGGGGAUCACGCAAGGAGCGUCUCCAGCCCUUAUACGACGACUUCAAAAGCCUCAAAAAGCACACACAGAUCCUUGAGGAGCUCUGACCUUCUUCAAACAAGCGUGUUGAUGCUCUCUUCGGAUUCCGAAGAUGACGAUGCCGAGGCGGCCGCUCUUGGCCCUCAACGCCCUGCACCCAUGCCAGCGGCAACAACGAAAACAAAAACAACAAAAACAACAUCUCCGUCACAUGUGCGGAGCCCGGGACCUGCACAUGGAAGCAUUCGUUUUAAACAAGUUGGAUUCUCAAAAGCCAGCGAUCAAACAGCAAGUCGACCUAGCAAGCUAACCAAAUGCACCAUUUUUGCAACACCGCCAAGCACGCACAUGGCCAAUCCUAAUCCUCGGGGAGACCAAGUGAAUCCGGGGGCAGGUGCCGGACAGAGAUCCGGGGGCUCGAGGGCCAAUCAGCGCCAGGCCGCAAACUCCUGUAGGAGCUCAGUCACGUCUGAUUACUCAACCAGCUCGGGGACUCCUUGGCUGGAGGAUCUCGAAUACGACAUUCGCGAAGCCCGAGCUGUCACCAUGCUGCCCACCUCCCGCCCCGCUGAUGUCAAUAUCCAGGGCAGGGACAAUGAACCCUCCACAGCCAUCGACAAUGCCUCGAGCAGACUAGCGCGACACCGGGCAUCAUCGGCUGACCAACUGACACCACCGCUCAGUCCAAACUCUGUCAACUUUCACAUUCGCUCGGCGCGUUCUUCGGUUGACGGACCCGGCAGCGACUGCAGACUGAUGGCGGUUACGCAUGAAGAAGAAAUGCUCCUGUCUGCCUUGCGGCACAGGCAGCAAGCGAUGCGCAGGCCCUCCAUGCCCCAGAUUUCGGAGAAAGAGGACAAGGUUGAGAAGUUUGUGGAGGACGGGGUAGGGCGAGAAAACGGCACGCGCCUUUCAGCAGCAUCACGCACUUCGGCCGGCUCCAGAGACUCGUGCUCAGACUAUGGGGACGGCAAAGGCCACCGUUCAAAAGGCUCGCAGACAACCAUGACGGGCUCCACGUUUGACGAUGACUUCCCAAUCACACCGUCACCCCACCAUCCCCGCGACGAGCAAUACAAGCAGGUUGAGACUGGUCCCUGCAAAGCGGCCGUGGCUCCCAUCCAAACCAAGGGAAUAGCCCCUGGGAGAGACGUUGCUUCCCUGAGCCCGGCUGGACCGCCGCCGACACUAUCUCUGCCAGCACUGCCGAAGCUCAAGAAGCCCAGGAAAAGGCCGAGCCGCGAUGCUGUCGGCACGCAGCAAGAUGUGCCCCUUUACUUGGACGAUGAGGAGCCCAGCCCGGACAUGGACGACAUCCGACACUGGGAGUCGGCAACGUCGCCGGUCCUGGGGCCUGCGAGCCGGGGUUCCUCUCCUGCCACGACCUGGCAGGCGCACGGUGCGGCGAGGCGCAUCAGCAAGGGGUCCGAGUCGGCGGCUCAUCCCGACUCGCCGGCAAGCCUGCACCCCCACAGCAGCGCCUGGUCCCAUCUUCCGAAGCGGACCAGGAUCCGAGGAGAGGAGCAAAGCCCUCGGUUGGAGGAGGACGACACGCCUCGUCCCGACAGCCCCGUUUCCCCCGUCGCAAUCGAGGCCGCGCAGACCGGGCGAACCGGCGGCAUCAGCAUGGCGCGCUUGAGCGCCGUCGGACCGGGCACCCCGAGCCGUAACGGCAGGCUCGGAUGGUGGGGCGAUGAUGACUGA